AUGCGUCUUGCUUCUGUGACGUGGAAGCAGGAGUCUGUCAGAUGGACGUUUCUCGAUCCCAUGCUGCAGCAGAUUCAGUGGACGUCGACAGAGCAGCAUGACGCAGGGUCCCACAGGAAUGGUAACAAGAACCACCCGUCGACGAUGCCAGAAGCAGGUUGUCUUCAAGUUUCCGACAUCCUCGACGUCUCCACUCUGCACAACGUGGACAUGGCUUUCGAGGUGUACAUGAACGACGGCCGCUCGCAUGUCAUGAGGGCACAAACGUGGAAGGACUUCGAGACAUGGUUCCAGGCGCUGAGCUUCCUCUCGAGCGCGGAGUCGAUGAAUGAGGACAACACAGCGGCACAGGAGACUCGCAGUUUCAACCAGGCGAGUGGGCUGAACGCAGAGGCCAACAAGAAAAUCUCAGCAGGGAAGUUGGGAGGGAGUGCAAGGAAGGCCGUCGACGACGUCACUGCGGGCAAGUCAUGGGACGAUCAGGACAUGUUAGAGAUAUCGGGUCGAAGAGCUCCGAUCGAUCAGUUCUCGGACUUGUCUUCGGAGAGAGGCAGCGACAGGGGAGAGGACCCUAUGGACAAGCCAAAGUCGUCGAAGUCUACCGCUAUGGACCUCAAGUUUCUCAAGUUCGAUGACGAAGACGGAGAUGACGAGGAAAGGGCUGGCUCGCAACAGGACAGACGCCUUGAGGAGGAGAAGAACACGCCAAGCGAACUGCCAGAUGAAAUUUACCUGAAGGAGUUGAGGAAGGUGCAUGCAUACCAGGCGGACAAGAGAGCAGAGCUGGAAUCUCUGAUGUCUCAGUUGCGCAGGAACAGGGAGCGCAACAAGGCACUUCGUCGACGUCUGGAGCUUCAGAAUGCAGAGAGCAAUCAAAGGAGGAUCAAUGACGACAUGAAUUCCGUCAGCGAGACUGUCUCGGUUGCGUCUUCGACAGCAAGCAGCGUCAACGUGAAGAUUGAAGAGGUCAGGAAACAGCUCAAGAGGAGCGAAGCCAUGAACCUCGAGCUGUGGCGAGAGAUCGACAGAAUGAGCAUGGCGCUGCGUUGA